GGAGUCAGCCGGCCGAAGAGGAGCUGGAGGGAGCACCGAGAACCGAGGCGAACUUGCCAGACGAGUUUCUGCCGAGGCCCGACGAGGAGACACGAGCACAGCGGACACGUCGUCGUACUUACGUCCAAUGGACACGACACUCAGACGCAACGUAGACGAGAUUGAACGUUUCGUGGACUUGGUUCAAGCUAACUGUGUUAGGCUUUAGCGUUGUUGGUAGUGAACGUUGAUCGUGCUUACGCAAGAACGUAUAUUUAUAUACCUGCGUCCUCUAUAUCUGUGUAAGAAGUAAAUCGUGUAAUCGAGAAUAUCUUGAAGUUGAUAUUUGGAUCGGAUUCGAAGAAUAUUUCUUGCGUCCAUUCAUCCUAGUUUCUCUGAUCGGUAAAAGAAGAAUUAACGAAAGAAAAAAGAAAAAGGAAAUACGAUAAAGAAAGGACGAAUCUACGGUCGAAGAGGAGAGAGAAGGAAGAAGUUGUAGCACCUGCCGCAGUCGGUCUCUGGCGGCGCCACUCACGUGUUGCAUGCGUGCCGGGCUAUCCAUCAUGGUCGCGGACGCGAACCGGCUCUGAUUGGUCGAACAGAGCUCACGUGGUAUGGUAAUUGAGCCCCGGUGGGCGGGAAGGAGCAAAAGGGGCCGCGGUGGAGCCGCUUCGCGGAGGAUCUCAAAAGUGGCGGUAGGAGAGGAGAGGAUAAGCCGCUGUCCAUCGGGAGUCCGGUGCUGCUCUUCGCGGCCUCGCUCUUUUCGCUUUUUUCUUAUCUACCUCUAUCUCUUUUUCUCUUUCUCUUUUUCCAUCUUCUUUCUUCCCUUCUCACCGUUCCUCAAAACCCUGUCCCCUUCCCUUCACCUUUUUCCAAUCGUGGAAAGGGACAUAGACAUCUCUCUCUCUUUCUCUCUCUCUUUCUCUCUCUCUCUCUCUCUCUGUUAUUCCUUAUCUCUCUUUCUUUCUCCUCCUGCUCUUUCUUUUUUCUUUUUUUCAAGGCAGACAAGUAAGGAGAAUGUAUCGCGGUGAAGUGGUCAAUGUGCAGUCGUGAAAAUGUGCUCCACGUUUGAAUGAAACGUUCUUAACGAAACUGAGUUGAGUGUUAGAAGAGACAGGACUAGUUUACUCUGUGAAUAUGUGCAUGGAAAUGCAGAUGUCCUCGUAAAAGAGAUAACAUGUUGCUGUGAGAAAACAUAAUGACGUUGUCACUAAGACGCUCGGUAUAAGGAACUCGUACGUUGAUUGUGAACCCUGUUAAAGGGAAUAGAAGCUGUUUGAGAAGAAGGGAGAGAAAGAGAAAAAGAGAGGAAGAGGGGACAAGAGGAAGAGUGAGAAAGAGAAAUUGAGAAGGAGAGAAAAUGAGCUCCUUCCUGAUGAAUCCAUCCGCCGGCGGUGGCUAUCAUCACCAUCAUCAGCACCAACAGCCGGCGGGUAGUCAUCAUCUAGCUGCUAGUUCGGUCAUGGUCGAUCCGAAGUUUCCACCGAGCGAAGAAUACAGUCAGAGUAACUACAUACCUUCUACGGGUGCUGACUUCUUCUCUGGCAGUACUGCAAGCCAUCAUCUCAAUCAUCCCCAGUCCCAUCAACUUCAAUAUGGCUAUCACCAGCACCAUCAUCAAGCUGCUACGACUCCGUACGGAGCCUCAUCGGCUGUACAACUGAACGGUGGCUAUGCCGGUUACGGAGGAUAUUAUGGACCACAUCAUCCGCAUCAUCAGGUCCAUGCUGUCCACCAUGCAAGUUUGCAUCCUCAUCAUCACGCUGUUGGUGCCCUAGCGAUGCCACCGGAAGCACAGCAACCACCUCACACGUGUCCAUCUUCGAUGCAAGCACCGCAACAGCAACAACAACAACCACCGGUCACAGCCUCUACCGUUCUCGGAUCAACUCCUUUGUCGCCGUCCAUUAUGCAAAAUCACGUGCAACAGCAAGAAGCUAUUCAACAACAUCAACAUCAACAACAAAAUCAGCAACAACCUCACGAUGGUAGCGUUUGCAGUCCAGCAGGCUCUGGCUCGUUGCAUCGCGACAACUCACCCGAUCUUCAACAACAAUCCACCCAACAAACUCAGCAUAUACAAACUGCACAGCAACAACAACAAUCGCAGCAUCAGCAACAACAGCAGCAUCACGUAGACGAUGGAUCUGAUCAAGACGAUGUCGAGGACGAUCAAAUGAUGGACGGAUCACCUGGUAUGAUGGAGGAAGAAGAGGAUGACGAAGAAAAUGGAGAUCGUGUCAUCUAUCCAUGGAUGAAAAAGAUUCACGUUGCUGGCGUAGCGAAUGGUUCUUAUCAACCUGGAAUGGAGCCAAAGAGGCAGAGGACCGCGUACACGCGACACCAGAUCCUGGAGCUCGAAAAGGAGUUCCAUUACAAUCGUUAUCUCACGAGAAGGCGGCGGAUUGAGAUAGCCCAUACAUUGGUACUGUCAGAGAGACAGAUUAAAAUUUGGUUUCAGAAUCGACGAAUGAAAUGGAAGAAGGACAACAAGCUACCGAAUACUAAGAACGUUCGUAGGAAGAAUGCAAAUGGUCAGGUUGCAGCAUCGACGACAGCGACGAAAACAACGAAGGGUACCAGCAACAGAACGAAAAGUGUCUCCGCCGCUGCUGCGGCUGCCGCCGCCGCUGCUUCAGCAAAUGGGAACAACAAUAAUGGACAAAGAAAGAACAACAACAAUUCACCUUCCAGUGGUUUAGAUGGUAACAAUUUGGAGACUGGAGUAGGCCUCGAUAUGGGUGACGUUCACGGUGUCAACUCGUCUCUUCCUCAUCCGAACGUGGUGCAUCCGAGCUUUCAAGGUCAUCCUCAUCCUCUCGCCCACCUACAAGCACAGCUGAGUCACCAUCACGUGGCGGCUGGAAUGAUGGACGGUCCAACAACGAUCGGUCCUACGAUCGGUCCUACGAUCGGUCCUACGAUCGGUCCUACUGCUGGACCAAUGGGACAUAUGUCUUCCGGGAGCAUCAGUCCACUUGCACCGGCCACCAGUCCUCCUGGACUCUCACAAGUAUCGACCUCUGUUGUCCCACCGCCACCGAUAAAGUCCGAUUAUGGACUUACCGCCCUGUAACACCCGCUUAUUGAACAGAAUCACGAUCAUCGAAUUUACUCUAUUAGUGAUUUCGACUACGAUCUCGCGGUUGGGACCUGAAGUCGAUUACUUAUAUUCGAUUUUUAAAUACUUCGCUUUUUUCCACAUUAUGUGAUUUAUCGUUGUCUUCUUCCAUUUUGGUUCCUUUUCUUUCUCCUUUGUUUAUUUUUUUUUCUUUCUUUCUUUUUUCAGUCACUCGCAAAGAGAACAGAAAUUCCUAAAUUCAGAAAAGUAAGCAACGCCAGAUGGAGCUCGUCUUUUUUGUAAAUAUUAUUUCGACUUAUAAAUCAUUUGUUGAUUUAUUAUUAUCGUUCUACGAAGUAUCAAAAAAAUAUUUGGUGGAUAAUUAAUGUGUGUCAAGUGGAAGAAAUCAGUUGUUGUUGAUUCAUUUGGAACCUCGACAUGUAAUUCUUCGACGGUAAGGUACCUAUUAUUUUGGAUUAUAAUUUUGAAACUUAGUUCUCAAUGAACUGGUCAAAAUGAAAAAUAUCGCAAAAAUGAUAUUUCGAAAUAGCUUAAACAUUUUAUUGUUUCUCUUCAACGUGCCAUCGCGCUUGUAGUCAACUACUACUUACUUACUUAGCUUCUUGUCUCAUUCUGCGGUAUCCAGAAGUACGUGUUCGUAAUCAUUUCCAUAAAGACAUCGCAAAAGCGACAUUACGUAUGUAAAUGUACAUAUAUAUAGCCGACAUAUUUGUACAUAUUCGUGUAAAGAAUAAAUAUAAUAUCAAGUGCGUGACGCAGCGAUCUAUGUUUCACAUA